GACGUGUGUGUGCCUGUGUGCGUGCGUGCAUGUGUGUGCGCCAGUAACCAGCGGGUGAGCUCAAACCAUACUGUGCUGGAAUUCAACGUUGUUCUUCGCGUAUUCUUUUUAAUUUGUUUAAUUUGAGUGUUUUUUAUUUAUUUGUUGACUUAGUGUGUGCUUUGGUACUUUUCACGAAGAUGGGUGAAACGUGUGACUGUAUCCAGGAUAUCCUGAAAUGGAUUAGGAUCCCUCUGGACAUCCUGUACAGAAAAGGCAAGAGUGCAUUACCCUUCUGGAGAUCCUACGUGCUGAUCCUGACGCCACUCAUCCUCCUGCCCCUGCCCAUCCUCUCCACUGGCCCAGAGGCAAGAUGUGGGUACGUAAUAAUGUUAAUGGCUGUGUACUGGAUGACGGAAGCGGUCCCUGUAGCUGUGACGGCCCUGAUACCUGUGUUCGCCUUCCCUCUACUCGGCGUCAUGUCAACAGGCGACGUGUGCAUUGUGUAUAUGAAGGAGACGAAUAUGAUGUUUCUUGGAGGGCUCACAGUGGCUAUAGCGGUGGAGCACUGUAAUCUGCAUAGGAGGAUUGCUCUAAGAGUUAUUCUCCUUGUGGGCCAGUCUCCGCGCAGUCUGAUGGCGGGUUUCAUGCUGACUACAAUGUUCCUAUCAAUGUGGAUUUCCAACACGGCGACAACAGCAAUGAUGGUGCCGAUCGUGGACGCUAUACUGGCGGAACUGUACACGGCACGCGAUGUUCAAGACAGUACCGCUAUCGAAAUGGACCUCAGCGUGUCCCCGGCAAGGCAGAGUCAAAUGGACCUGGUAAACAAUGACAACACCGUAUACAAGUCUGAGAGAUCACUGGACACGAACCCUGAACCGAAUGAGACAAGGAACCGCGCGCUAUCCAAGGAGGAGGAGGCGCGGAAUUCAUCCCAAGACGCUCCUCGAGGAAUGACUGCAGUGCCCCCGGAUGAGGCAUGCCGCGCCCUUAGAGACAUGUGCUUCCUCGCCACUGCUUACUCGGCCAACAUCGGAGGCACGGGGUCUCUCACUGGAACGGGGCCGAAUCUAAUUGUCAAGGGCGUGCUGGCAAGGUUAAGAUCAAGAAACCACCAGACAAAGAAAACGGAUGCACCGCCAGAGAAAGCAGAGACGAAUACAGAAGAGACUACAGAAAUGGAAAUGAGAAAGAAGAUGAGGACUAUGGUGUUCUUAUCUGUCAUGUACGCGUCAGACAUAGGUGGCACUGGGGUGGUGACUGGCACGGCGCCUAACCUGAUACUGAUGAACACUCUGACCAGCUCCUACUCAGAACCAACAGGGCUCAACUUCCUCACGUGGAUGCUUUUCAAUGUACCAGGCAUGCUGAUCUGUGUCCUGCUGGCCUGGGUGUGGCUCCAGAUUAGGUACCUUGGUCUCUUCAGGGGAAAGUAAGUAUUGCGGUAAGUACCAGAGGAGAGGAAGCAGGCAGUGAAGCGGCUGGUGGAGGGCAAAUACAGAGACCUGGGCCCGAUGAGAACACAGGAGAUCAUUGUGCUGGUGCUGUUCAUCAUCCUCGUGCUACUGUGGCUGUUUAGGGCGCCAGAAUUCAUUGAGGGCUGGGCUGGCUACUUUGAGCAUACCUUUGGCGUGGAGGUUGACGAUGCAACACCCGCCAUGUUUGUUGUGUUUCUCCUCUUCUGUCUGCCGGCAAAACUAGACUUCCUCUGCUUCCGUAAACCUGACGACCCACCAAGGGCUAAGGACGACAAGAAUGAAGUUUUGACAUGGAAGGCAGUGCAAGAAAAGAUCCCCUGGGGCAUUGUGCUGCUUCUGGGAGGUGGCUUUGCUAUGGCUGAAGGUUCCAAGGUGUCCGGGCUGUCUGUCUGGCUCGGGGAUCAGCUCUAUAUCUUCAACGGGGUCAAUAAAGGAGUGAUUGUGCUAACAGUUACUCUUCUCACGGCCAUGUUGACUGAAGUGGCGUCAAACUCAGCGACUGCUUCUAUUAUUCUGCCGGUUCUCAAUCAGUUGGCUCUGAACAUCGAUGUGAACCCCUUGUACCUGAUGCUGCCCGCCGCUGUAUGCUGCUCCUAUGCCUUCAUGCUGCCCGUCGCCACGCCCCCCAACGCUAUCGUCUUCAGCGUGGCCAAUAUGAAGAGCAGCGAGAUGAUGAAGGCCGGUGUUGUGAUGAACGUGGUGUGUGUGCUGGUGUUGAAUGUGAUGAUCAACACCCUCGGAGUGGUGAUUUUCGACCUAAAUAACAUGCCAGCGUGGACUAAUUCAAGCCUUACUAUAUAAAAUGGUGAACUGGUGGUGAACUGGUGAUGAUGGUGGUGGUACUGGUUGUGGUGGUGCUUAUUGUUUAUCAUUUAUUCAUCACUAACUUCUAAGUCAUCACCAUAUUCACCACUAUUACUACACCAUUCAUCACCACAGUCACUUGAAAACUUGAGAUGGUGACUAGUGGUGGUGAAUUGUGAUGAGUAAUGGUGGUGGUGAUGAUAGUGAUGGUGGUGAUGAUAGGUGCGUUAGUGGUGGUGAUAAUGGUGGUGAAUGGUGAUGAGUAGUAGUGAUAGUGGUGAUGGUGGUGAUUGGUGGUAGUGGUGAUGAUUGGUGGUAGUGGUGAUGAUGGUGGUGAUGAUAGUAGUGAUAGUGGUGAUGAUAAUAUUGGUGAGGGUGGUGGUGAUGAUAGUGGUGGUAGUGUGAGUGGUGAAGACAGUGAUGAUAGUGGUGGUGAUGAUAGUACUGGUGAUCGGAAUGACUAGUGGUGAUAAUAGGGAGUGGUGAUGGUGGUGAAUGGUGAAGAUAGAGAUGAUAGUGUUAGGGAUAAUGAGUGGUGAUGGUGAUUGGCGGUGGUGAGUACUGAGUGAUGACAGUGGUGAUGAGCAAGUGGUGUUAGUGGUGAUGGUAUUCUCAGGUGACCCUUUUGUAUAUCCUAACCUAGUACUGUCAUCACCAUUGUUGUGAUGAUGAAGUAGUAGUGAUGAAAUGGUGAUGUUGCAAGGUAUCACCACCACCACCACCGCCACCACCAUCACCACCACCAUCACCACUCACAACUCAUCACAAACGCACACACACACUUACUUACAUGGACGUGAGCGGAUGUGGUGAUGAAAUACGUACACGAGAUCAUUUUACGCACACAUAUGUAUACACACACACACAAACGCACAUACGCGCUCCCACGCACCCACACGCACCACUAGGAAUAAGAUACUGAUAGAGAACCUGUAGCGAUCCUCUCUCUCUCUCUCUCUCUCUCUCUCUCUCUCGCGUGAUCACUACCUGUUUUGCACGUGGCCAGAGAGAGAGAGAGAGAGAGAGAGAGAGAGAGAGAGAGAGAAUAUGAUUGUUGAUAAUGAUAAUAGUGUUUGUUAUAAAAUUCUCUCUCUCUCUCUCUCUCUCCUUAUUUCUUUCCUUCUUCAUCUAACUCUUCUCUUUAUUAUUUGGUUUAGAGCUAUCUCACUUUCACAAACUCAUCACAGCCUCACUCUAACUUUCUUUUCUCUCAUUAUCUCUCCCUUUGCAUGUUUUUUUUUUUUUAUCCUUUUUUUCCCUCCCACAUUCUUUCCUUACAUUCUCCAUUUCCUUUUUCCUCUCCUCGUAAAUUUAAGAGUAUGUUUUUUUUCUCUAAGUUUCCCAUAAAAAGACAAAAAAUAUCCGUUUUCUUUGUUGGAUUAAUUUUAUAUGAAUGUAUGUGUGUGUGUGUGUGUGUGUGUGUGUGUGUGUGUGUGUGUGUGUGUCUGCUAUAUGUUUGUUUGUUAGUCUGUCUGUCUGUCUGUCUGUCUGCGUGUCUGUGUGUUGGCAUGUACUAAUUAAUAUCGGCAUAAUGAAUUAAUAAAUUAUGUAUAAACAGAAUACGAAAUAUAUUGUUACUUAAUUGA